AUGACAACUCAGAAAACGAUUACACUGAUAAUUAUUGGAAUUCUACUAUCUUUAUACUAUUAUUAUGUUCAUAAGUAUAUCAGUUCAUAUUCACAGACUAUUUAUAAUCCCCUUUUGAAAAAUCAGCCCAAAUUAGCUGGUAACCAAUAUUUAUUCAAACAAUUCCCUUAUGAAGAUAGAAAACAAAUAGGUAAAGAGAAUGCCACUAUGGUUAUGCUAGUACGAAAUGGAGAACUUAAAGGAGCAUUAGAAUCAAUUCGAUCACUUGAAGAUAGAUUUAAUAAAUAUUAUAAAUAUCCAUGGGUGUUUUUAAAUGAUGUACCAUUUGAUGAUGAAUUUAUUGAACAAACUUCAUUAAUGGCAAGUGGUGAAACAUUUUAUGAAUUAAUUCCUGAAGACGAUUGGCAACCUCCAAGUUAUAUAAAUCAAACUAAAUUAACUGAAAAUUUAAUUAAUUCUCGAGAAAGUGUAUUAUAUGGAGGUGUAAGAUCAUAUAGAAAUAUGUGUCAUUUUAAUUCAGGCUUUUUUUAUAAACAAAAAAGAUUAUUAAAUUAUGAUUGGUAUUUUAGAGUUGAACCUGAUGUUGAAUAUAUGUGUGAUUUUCAAUAUGAUCCAUUUGAAUUAUUACGGGUCAAUAAUAAAGUUUAUGGAUUUGUUAUAGCCAUUACUGAAUAUGAAAAUACCAUUCCUACAUUAUGGCCCACAGUUGAAUCAUUUAUGAAAGAGUAUCCUGAAUUAUUACAUCCUAAUAAUGCUAUUGAUUUCAUAACUACCAAUGAAACUUCACUCAACCACUAUAUUGAAAUGAUUGAAAGUUCAACAGAUUAUAAUUUAUGUCAUUUCUGGUCCAAUUUUGAAAUUGGAAACUUGAAUUUUUUUAGAAAUGAAUCAUAUGAAACAUAUUUUAAAUAUUUGAGUAAAAGUGGGGGUUUUUAUUAUGAAAGGUGGGGUGAUGCACCCGUACAUACAAUUGGGUUGAGUUUAUUAGCAGAUAAGAAUUCUAUACAUCAUUUUGAAGAUAUUGGAUAUUAUCAUGCUCCUUAUUUAAGUUGUCCAAGUUCAAGAGAUGUGGUAAGUUCGAAAAGAUGUAUUUGUCAACCACGACAAGCUGAAAAGGAGAUCAAUAGAACAAUCGAUACUAAUGUAUAUAGUUGUUUACCUAGAUGGUGGAAAUAUGGAUCAGGUAAAAAGUUUCUAAAUGAAAUAGAUUAUAAACGUCAAUAG